AAUUUUUUCUCAAACAAUAGAGAGCUAGAGAUCACAACAAUUCCUCUUUGUUGUUGUGUGUUGUUGUGUUGUGUGCGUGAUUCGAGAAUGAGUCUCAAUAUUUUCAACGAUCUCCAUUACUGGUUGGUCGAUCACCCGAAUAUCCUCAACUUCUCGUGGUCUCGGGGUCAAACUCUAGGCUCAUCCCCACUUUUCCUCACCAUCACCGUCCUCUUGUACCUCUCGCUUACCUUCCUUCUCUCCAACCUCACCGUCCCCAACCUCCGCUCGGACAUUCUCAAGCGAAUCUCCGUCGUUCAUAAUCUCAUCCUCCUCGCCCUCUCCUUCACAAUGGCCCUUGGCUGCACACUUGCAACGUUCUCCCACGCCCCUCACGUUCACUACAUUCUUUGCCUCCCACCCAACACCCCAUCACGAGGGCCGCUCUUCUUCUGGGCCUAUAUCUUCUACCUCUCGAAGAUCGUCGAGUUCAUCGACACAUUCUUAAUCAUACUCAGCGGCUCGAUCAAACGCUUGACAUUCCUUCACGUCUAUCACCACGCCACCGUAGUGAUCAUGUGUUACCUAUGGCUGCAUUCGUCGCAGUCUUUGUUCCCAUUGGUUCUCGUCACGAACUCGUCGGUUCACGUGCUCAUGUACACGUAUUACUUGUCGUGUGCACUCGGGGUGCGCCCGAGAUGGAAGAGGAUCGUGACGGAGUGUCAAAUCGUGCAGUUUCAGUUCAGCUUUGUAGUGUUGGCUUUGAUGCUUUAUUUUCAUGCCACUGAUAAGGGCUCAGGCUGCGCUGGCGUGUGGGGCUGGUGCUUCAAUGUUGCAUUUUAUUCGACACUGCUGGCUUUGUUCUCUGAUUUUCAUGCUAAGAACUACGGCGGCAAGACGGCGGCUAAAAAAUUGGCUUGAUGAUGCGAUGAUAUGAACAUUCAAGAUAUUUGAUUAGUGAUUAAUUAAUUAAUAUGUUCAACUAAUAUUGCAUGGUGGUGAAGGGUGAUGUUCUUUGAUGCUAAAUAUA